CAAGAUAUUGGUUGUCAACACUUGUGAACUCAGAUAAUAUUAAUUACAUUUUAACAACAAAGAGAAUGUCUGCUCCCAAGAAAGGUGAUCAUUCAGCAGCUGAGUCGGAAAUGUUUCAGGUUGUUGCUGCAGGUGAUGUGCAGGAGGUUGCAGAGCUGCUGGGCUCCAAGGAUGUCAGAGUCAACUCUCUGGAUGAGUAUGGCAUGACACCCCUAAUGCAUGCAGCAUACAAGGGUCAGGCAGACAUAUGCCGUCAGCUGCUACAGCACGGGGCAGACGUCAACUCUAAUGAACAUGACUAUGGAUACACAGCCCUCAUGUUUGCUGGACUCUCAGGAAAGACAGACAUAACGUCCAUGAUGCUGGAUGCGGGUGCAGAGACAGACCUGGUCAACUCAGUAGGCCGCACGGCUGCUCAGAUGGCUGCUUUUGUGGGCCAGCACGACUGUGUGACAGUGAUCAACAACUUAUUCUCUGGAGCGCGGCUGGAGUACUACACUAGACCUCAGGGGCUGGAGCGAGAAGCCAAACUGCCCCCCAAACUGGCCGGACCUCUUCAUAAGAUCUUCAUGACCUCCAACCUCAACCCUGUCAAGCUGGUGCUUCUGGUCAGGGAGAACCCUCUGCUGGUGGACGUGGGAGCAUUAGAGAAGUGUUACCAUGUCAUGGACCUGCUGUGUGAGCAGUGUGUGAAGCAGCAGGAUAUGAACGAGCUGCUGGCCAUGAAGAUGCACUACAUUAGCUAUGUGCUGCAAAAAUGCAUGGCCUUCCUUCUGGACUGUGAUGACAAGCUAGAUGUGCUCAUCAAGAGCCUGUUGAAGGGGAGGGAUGGAGAUGGUUUUCCUCAGUACCAGGAGAAGUUCAUUAGAGACUGCAUCAGGAAGUUUCCCUACUGUGAAGCCACACUGCUACAGCAGCUGGUCAGGAGUAUCACACCAGUGGAGAUCGGUAACGACCCGACAGCGUUCUCGGUGCUAACCCAGGCUCUCACGGGUAAGAUGACCUUCAUAGACGCUGAGUUCUGCGCUACGUGUGGAGAGAGGGGGGCAGAGAAGAGAUGUUCCCUCUGCAAAAUGGUGACGUACUGUGGGUUGAUGUGUCAGCGACUCCACUGGUUCACCCAUAAGAAGAUCUGUAGAGGACUGCAGGAGAAGGAUACCCUGAGACUGAGGGAGCUCAAUGAUGAGGAGAGUGACAUGGUGAAGGAGACAGCCAGCUUCCUGGCAGAGCUGUGCUUGAAGGCAGAAGAGCGCAUGGCGUCAUUAGGGUGUCCCAUUCCCUCAGCGCCAGACCAGCUGAACUGCCCCUCCACAUCCUCAGAGGGACCACCAUCCUGCAACCAGGAAUGAGAGGGACUGCUGCUGUUCUUUUUCUACUGGGUAGUUAAUUCAUUCAUUGAUUAAUAUUACUGAUUGGCCAGAGUUCAGUGAUAUUAAUAAUGAAGUUGUAUUGAAUAUUGAAUUGAAUUGCUUCCAUUCACCUGGUUUCUGAGGUCUGAAUCAGUCCCUGAUUAAAGGGGAAUGAUGAAAACCAGAACAUAAGCACUACUACUGAUUGGCCAGGAUGUCCAGAUUGAAAGAAAGGGGCUAGUGAGGGAAAGGGGCUAGUGAGGGAAAGGGGCUAGUGAGGAUGAACGCUUUACUCACCAGGCAGCUGGAAGGACUGUUAAUAUGGACCCAAUGAGGUCUAUUCUGUUUAGGAUAGGGGAGGCUGAAGUAUUCAGGGUGUGAAUAUGAUGUACAACAGCAUAUUGGCUGCGUUUACAUAGGCAGACCAAUUUUGACGAUAAAUUGUCUUUUGACCAGUCAGAUCAGAUCUUUUGCCAAAAAUUGGGCAAAAGAUCAGAAUUGGGCUGCCAGUGUAAACACAGCCAUUGAGCUGUAGCUGUAUUGGUUUUAAUGUGCUUUGCUUGUUUGCAUGUCUUUUGAGCAAAUUCGUUCUCUUCUUUCAAAUGUGAGCCUUGAAUAUUCUUUAAGUAAUGUCUUGAAAUAACAAUUUAAUCUCUGACCGUAGUAAUGUGAAAAAUGCACUCAUGUUGAAAUGGAACCAUCUUACUGAACAAUACAUGUCAUAUUGUUAUUUUUUCAUUAUUGCAAUGGAUGAAAAACACAAUAUGAAGGGCUUAUUUAUGUGUUAUUCUGAACUUGCUAUAAUUUGAGAAUUAUAUUAUCAUUAUUGUUAUGUUCCCUUUGUUGACUCAUGAA